GAAUCUUCAAGCAGUGAAGAUGAUUCAGAUGAUUUGAGUGAAAUAUCUUUUUCACGUCCGCGGAAAAAUCAUCAUGUUGAUGCGAAUGAUGACAACUCGGAGGACAAACCUGUAAUGGAACAUUAUGACCCAAAGCUGGAAAAAACACUUAAUACUCUUACCGUUCUUAUUAAAUCCAAGAAGCGUUCCUCGGUAAACGAGGUUUAUGUUGAUAUCCCUCCGCGAAAAAAAGUUCGUGGAUUAUACAAAAAGGAAAUGUCAGAAAGUGAACUUGUUUAUAGUGAACAAGAGUGUUUAGAUGCAUUGAUGUCUGCAAAUUCUGGUGAUUCGAUGUCCGACAAUGAUUAUGAAAAAUUUUACCUCGAUGAUUUUAUUUUUUAUGACAUCUCGGAUAAUGAGGAUGUUCUUUUUGAAGAUUUUAGAUCCGAAUUUUUUGACUGGAUAACAAAACAUAGACAAGAUGAUAGUAUUUUUAAAAAAUGGCUUAGUGAAGUCAACGGUAAUACAGAUUUUCGAUCAGUUGUUGCAAAUAACAUGCACUUAAUUUGGCAUGAAGCAUACAAUCUUGGAGAAGAUUAUUCGUGCUUGCCAUUCUUUACAGUUGUUACACCAAGAGUGUAUAAAUGGUUUAAUGACUUAUUCCCAGAGUUACUACAACCUUUAGGUAUUGAAUGUAUCCCGCUUGUAUACAUUCAGAAUGAAGAUGAAUUCAGAGAGAUUAAUUAUAAAAGCCAAUGGUUAUUCGAUAAUCCGCUUGAAGAACCGAAUUGUUUUGAACAAGUUACAGUUGAUGAUAUAACUCUUAAAGUAGGAGAUGCAGUUGAGGUGGUUGCUACUGACGGUUCUACUGAUGGUCAUCUCGAUUACUCUUUUUUCUGUCGUUAUCAAUAUUCUCACGAAACUGAAGAUUCAUUCUUGUCUUUCCAUCCGGGUUUACUUCCUAAAGAGGAUGGAUUGAUAUGCGGUUGUAAAAGACCUGAACCUAAUUAUUAUGAGGAGUUUAUUGAAAAGUAUAAUGUUAACGACUGUAUUCUAUUAAUGCCGCUUAAAGGAGACAUUUUGGAUUUGUACACAGUUUGCUGUAUUGAACGUUUCGAUUUAGAUAGAAAAUCUGUCUGGUUAAGACGAUUUUACAGAUGGAGCGAAACAUUUGUAAAACGACCCAAGGCACCGAUAAAUGAAGUUUUAUAUUCUGAAUAUGUUUUCGAAUUUAAUAAAUUUCAGCAUGUAGUUUGCUUAUGUCAUGUUGAGUUUGUUAAAUAUGGCAAAAAAAUACCUGUUAAUCUUCAACAUCGUGGUGCUGGAAAUCAUGUGGUUCAUUGGGUCGUGGAUUUGAGGAUGCAGGCUUCACACACUGCCAAUGGUAUGUUUGUUUGCUUUCAUAAAUAUUUGAUUAAGUGCAUUCAAUUAAAAAUUUUUCGGAUAAUAUAUAGGGCUAUUGAUAAAUACGAGGCUGCCAUAAAAACUUACAGGCACAAUCUUCAACAUGAUGAUAUUGAUAUAUUGAACCAGAGUGUCAAUAAUAUACUUUCUGAUGCAAUUUUGGGCGUUCCAAAAGCUCGAGUUCCAUCUAAA